UCCCCAUAGUAGGACUUGGAGGAGCUUCAAGCCCUUUGAGUCCAGUGAACUAGAGUUGUUACGUGUGCGACUACGACUACGACUACAGUCAGAAUGCAAACACAUGGAAAUGUCUAAUGCGACUCGAUUAAAUGAGAGAUCGGACACAGCUGACAAAAGUGGACAGAACCGAGAUGACGAGCAGAAUAGAGGAGACGCCAGCUAUGAAAGUCAGGAGCGAGUGCAGGGCGAGGUGAGAGAUGACCUGAUCCGAUCAUCGCAGCCCAUCCUGUCAAACAAAUCUCAGAUGCUCAGGAUGCCUCAGUUCGGUCUGCGGGAUAACCUCAUCAAAUGUGAGCUCCUCAAGAACGAGGAUGCCUACACCUACAUCCACAACUACAGCUUUUUCCUGGGCACCUACAAUGUGAAUGGCCAGAAUCCAAAGGAAAGUCUCAGUCCUUGGCUGGGAUCCACUCCAAACCCUCCGGACUUUUACCUAGUGGGUUUCCAGGAGCUGGACCUCAGUAAAGAGGCGUUCCUUUUCAAUGAUACUCCUAAAGAACCAGAGUGGAUGUUGGCUGUCUACCAGGGUCUUCAUCCAGGUGCCAAGUACACUUGUAUGAAGCUGGUGCGGUUGGUGGGCAUCAUGCUGUUGUUCUAUGUGAAGGCGGAGUAUGCAGCACACAUCUCCGAGGUGGAGGCGGAGUCUGUCGGCACAGGUGUCAUGGGGCGGAUGGGUAAUAAAGGUGCAGUGGCCAUUCGCUUCCGAUUCCAUAACUCGGACAUCUGUGUGGUAAACUCGCACCUCGCUGCACACACCGAAGACUAUGAAAGACGCAAUCAGGACUUCAAGGACAUCUGCCGCAGGAUGCAGUUUGGACAGCAAGACCCCAAAUUACCAGCCCUCACUAUCAUGAAACACAAUGUUGUUUUAUGGCUGGGAGAUCUAAACUACAGAAUAAGUGACCUUGAAGUUGAUCACGUGAAGGACCUAAUUGCUAAAAAGGAUUUUGAGAGCCUGUUUAAUCAUGACCAGUUAAAGAGGCAGAUGGAUGAGAAGGUUGUGUUUUUGGGCUUCAUCGAGGGAGAGAUUGAUUUCCAACCCACCUAUAAAUAUGACACUGGCUCAGAUCACUGGGACACAAGUGAGAAGUGUCGAGUGCCAGCGUGGUGUGACCGCAUCCUGUGGAGGGGCAAGAACGUUCAACAGCUCAAUUAUCAGAGUCACAUGACUCUGAAAACCAGUGACCACAAACCCGUCAGCUCUCUUCUGGAGAUCGGGAUUAAGCUGGUGAACGAAGAGGCCUACAAGAGGACAUUUGAAGAGAUUGUGAGACAAAUUGAUAGACUGGAAAAUGAUUGUAUUCCUUCAAUGUCUCUGUCUCAGAGAGAGUUCCACUUCAACGAUGUGAAGUUCAUGCAACAUCAGGCUCAGACUGUGACCGUUCACAAUGACGGACAGGUGCCGUGUCAGUUUGAGUUCAUUCCGAAGCUGGAUGAGCCCGCCUACUGCAAGCCCUGGUUAACAGCAAACCCAGCCAAAGGCUUCCUGGCUCAGGGUGCCAGUGUGGACAUUGAUCUGGAGGUGUUUGUGAAUCGCUCUACGGCUCCAGACCUAAACACGGGCCAGCAGCAGCUUGAAGACAUCCUGGUUCUUCAUCUGGAGCGAGGCAAAGACUACUUCAUCUCCGUCACAGGCUCAUACCUGCCAAGCUGCUUCGGCUCUUCUCUUGGUACACUGUGUCUGCUGAAAGAACCCAUCCAGGACAUGCCACCCGACACCAUCAGAGAGCUGAGCAUGAAGGCAAAUAAUAAAGUGAGCGAUCCAGAGGCUGACAAACCUCAAGAAAUCCCGAAGGAGGUAUGGAUGAUGGUGGACCAUCUCUUCCGUUUCGCAAAACAACAGGAAGAUCUCUUUCAGCAGCCUGGCUUGCGCAGUGAGUUUGAGGAGAUUCGGGAUUGUCUGGACACAGGCAUCUUAGAGACACUCCCUGGAAGUAACCACUCAGUUGCUGAAGCUCUUCUGCUGUUCCUUGAUGCUCUUCCUGAGCCGGUGAUCCCUUUCUCUUUCUAUCAGCAGUGCUUGGACUGCUCCUCUGACAGCAGCCAGUGCAGACAGAUCAUUUCCAUGUUACCUCUUUGUCAUAAAAAUGUGUUUAACUAUUUAUUGGCCUUUCUGCAAGAGUUGUUGAAGCACUCUGCACACAAUAAGGUGGACGUCAAUAUUUUAGCCUCAGUCUUCGCUGGCCUUUUGCUCAGGUCACCCACAAACCAAAAUAUUAAAGACAAAGGGAAGGCAAAGGAGUUUUUCCAUCAUUUCUUGUUCCACAGCCCCUCUGACAGAGGCAUUCAUGACAAAUUACCUGAAUAAUGUACUGCAUCAUGUUGCCUUUUAUGCCUAAUAUCAAAAGAAUUAUGUGUAUAAACUUUGUAGUUACAUUUUAAACCGCUAUUAAAACUCAUUUGUUUUAUUCCAAAUUUAAUUGGAGACCGAUUGUUUUUAUUUUUAAAAUAGUGGUUAUUUUAUGAAAUAUAUAUAUGUAUUUUGUUGUUUGUAAAUACAACACAGUUGUUUUUUAUAUUAAAUAUGAAUAGAAGUAUACAA